AUGGCAAAAGAUGGUUUUUAUGCUGUCGCAAUUGGACGCUCCACGGGCGUCUUUUCAACGUGGGCCGAGUGCGAAGCACAAGUAGAAGGAUUUAGUGGCUCCAAGUACAAGAAAUUUCAAACCAUUGCUGAAGCGCGAGCGUUUGUCGGUGAUCACAUCGGUCAGGAAAAUGACGAAGACCCGAAGGACUCGACCACGUUGAAAUGUCGUGCAGGUUACGCCUGCAUUUUCCCGCAUUGUGAGGAAUGGAAUGUGGCCAAGCAGUUGGUGGAGGAGGAACGUGUUACGAACAACCGGGCAGAGUAUAUGGCCGCGUUGGAAGCCAUGAAACGUGCGAACGUGGAGGACCCAGACGGGUCUCGGCCGCUAUACAUCUUCUCAGACAGUAUGCUAUUGAUUCGAUCAAUGACGGAGUGGGUUGGUACAUGGCAGAAGAAUAACUGGAGGAAAUCGGAUGGCAAACCCGUACGAAAUCAUGAUCUGCUCGAGCUACUGGUGGCGGAAAUGGGCAAUCGCUGCAUUCGUUGGAACCAUGUGAAAGCUCAUACUGGGAAGAAAGACUGGAAGUCAAAGUGGAACGAUGUAGCAGACCACGCGGCCCGAAAUGCCGCGUCUGGUGGUGUAGAGUCUGAGUCGUUGAUGUGCUCUAUGAAGCACAUGUACCUAUGA